UAGGUAUAAGGGGAUCCGAGGUUUAAACCACCAAUUGUCACUACAUCUUCCAAUCAAAUAUAAAUAGAGAGACAAAUCUCAUAAGUGAGUUAAGUCCAACACUCGUAAUCGUAACUCAACUAUGUCUUCCUCCUCCGUUGUCGUCUCUCCGUCUCCGCUCCCUACCGUCGCGGAGCUUCAUGUAGAUUCCGUCACGUUUGCACCGUCCGUCAGGUCACUGGCCAAUCCACUCUUCCUCGGUGGCGCAGGUGUCCGAGGCUUGGAGAUCGAAGGAGAAUUCAUAAUUUUUACCGUCGUAGGAGUAUACCUAGAUGCUAACGCCGUCCCAUCACUCUCCCUCAAGUGGAAGGGCAAACCCGCAGAGGAGUUAACGGAAUCUGUCCCGUUCUUCCGUGAAAUCGUCACAGGUGCGUUUGAGAAGUUUGUUAAGGUGACUAUCAAACAGCCGUUCUUUGGACAGAAAUACUGGGAGAGAGUAAUGGCGAAUUGUGUGGCUAUAUGGAAAUCUCUAGGGAUUUAUACGGACUGUGAAGCCAAAGCUGUGGAGACGUUCUUGGAGGUCUUCAAGGACGAAAACUUCCUUCCCGGUGCAUCCAUUCUUUUUGCUUUCUCCCCAAACGGCUCUCUUACGGUUGCGUUUUCUAAAGAUGAUAGCAUUCCUGAAACCGGGAAAGCUGUGAUCCAGAACAAAUUGUUGGCGGAGGAUGUUCUUGAGCUUUUCAUCGCAAAGAAAUGUGCUUGUCGAGGGGCUAGGUUGAGUGUUGCCGAGAGAUUAGCUCAGCUGAUGAACGAGAACAAGGUCGAAGAGGAAGAGAACUGAUAAUCCAUAGGAUUAAAAUAACUUAGUAUUUGGGCCUUUGAGUUCCAUAGGUUCUCUGGAGUACGUAUUUGGUGUUUUAUGUUUUUCUAUGUCGAAUCCUUUAAAUAACUUAGUUCCUUUUGAAUGUUUUCAACUAUUUUUAAGAAUAAUACAAGAGUAUCAUGGAAUAGGAUGAAAAUUGUGUUAUCACUA